CUGAGACGCCAUUUUCUUAGUUGACAGUUACGCGACGUAUACGGUGCGCUAGUUUGUCUAAAGUUCUAUUUGGAUCUGUUUUAUUCAGCCUCAGAAUGGAUGACGCCGCGCCGAGUGCAUCGUCUACGCAAUCCACGAUGUCGAAACAUGCGGAAAGAAUGAAACGGCUCAGAGAACUCCACGCUAAAAGAAAUGAAGCCAGAAUGCAGAAUCACAAGGAAGUCGUAGAAGAGGACAAAAGAAAUAAAUUGCCUACUAACUGGGAGUCGCGUAAAAGACAAGCCGAAUGGAUAAUACAGGACGAAUCUGCCAGGAAAGAGGCAGAAGCCAAGGGUGAGGAUUACGAACGAAAAAAGUUGUUGAGUAUUGACGCCACAGAAGCUGAAAGAAUAGCUAAGAAAAAGAGAAGCAAGCAAAAUCCAGAUCCAGGUUUCUCCGAUUACGAACAGGCGGCGAUACGUUCGUACAACAGACUGGUGAAGAACAUUAAGCCAAACAUGGAGGCGUACGAGGAGGCAAAGGAGAAACUUGGACCUGCCUUUUACGGAGACCGGAACACGAUUUUACACGGUUUGCAUGAGGAUAAAAAAGACGCGAUAGACAAAAUGGUCACCAAUCUGGAGAAACAGAUUGCAAAGAGAGAAAAGUACAGCAGGCGCAGAAUGCACAACGACGACGCGGAUAUCGAUUACAUCAACGAGCGUAACGCCAGGUUCAAUCAGAAGCUGGAGAGAUUCUACGGCGAGUACACUCGCGAGACAAAGCUGAACUUGGAGAGAGGUACGGCUAUAUAAACGGGAAAACGUUGUGCUGCAAUUAUUACAAAUAAUUUAUAUUUGUAUUAUAUGAUAAUUUUUAUACAAAUAAGAUUCUGGAAAGAUUUUUGUAGUGUUUAAUCAAAUAUAUAUAUCUCUUUUUGUGGCUAUUACCGAUAA